AUGGCUUCAACGACUCCUAACUUCUCUUCCAUCGCUCGCCGUCUACUCUUGAGCAGAGAGAACUUAAGGGAUGAUACUCCCACACACUCGAGAAGCGAUGAGGUUACUCAAAGGACAUCUUCGGAAGAUCUCCCUACUACUUCAAACCCGGUCACCGACUUGGAGAGCACCAUCAGAGGUCUCACAUUUGAGAUGUUCUCAACGCCAUUGGAAGAAGGCUACUCUCCAGUUCGCCCACUUCGUUCCAGUAACACUGAAUACAAAGGCCGAGCUUCAUUGGAUGCUAAGAGCAAAGCAAUAGUGGGCAACGUUGAAGUAUUCUUUGAAGAGCUGAAGCGCCGCUUAGGAAAGGCAGCUAAAGGGACCAUCUUUGACUUUCCUGCAAAGCUGACGAGCAUCGCAUGCGGAAUCGGUCAUCGCACAGUUGAACGCCUCAGAGCUGAGACCGAUCUAAGUAGAAAGGCCAUACCCCGCACCAUCGCGCCUGUUGCAAUGAACCCGAAACAACGAACGAUUGAGGCUCUUGAAGUACACGGGGACGAAUGGGGAGACAUCGUAAGGCAAUUCAUGCAUCAGAAGUUUAGGCAAGAAAAGCAUGUGACCGUGGCAGAGAUUCUGGAUGAGCUGAAACAACUCCAUCCCUCUUUUGACUUAACAGAGACAGCCUUCUAUUACCUGCUGAAAGGGCUAGGAUUCGCAUACAGAAGAAAUGCCGGCCAGAGGUACAUAUUUGAACGUCCAGACCUCGUCAGCAGAAGAUCCACCUACCUCGAUGCUAUUGCACAGGCCAGGAGCAGCAACUGCUGCAUUGUGUAUCUGGAUGAAACCUGGAUAUACGAUUGUAUGUCAAAGGCUAAGGGAUGGGUCGACACCAACAUACCGCGCUUCGCCCCAGAAUCGGUGUUCCAGCAUUUUUCCCACGGAAAAACUGCCACCAAAGACAAAGGAAAGAGGGCGAUUGUCAUCAGCGCCAUGACUGAGGUUGGAAUAGUACCCGGCUGCACUAAAAUCAUCAUCAGUGGCCGCGAUGCAGUCGGGGACUAUCAUCAGGAUAUGGACCAUGAAGUCUUUGAGAACUGGAUGCGGGAAUCACUGCCCAAAAUGCAGACUGUUGCUGGUGGCCGUCGUUUGUGCUUAGUGAUGGAUAACGCGGCCUAUCACUCCCGACAAUUAGAAAAGAUACCCACCAGGUCCUCCACAAAGGCGGUCAUAGAAGAAUACCUGCGAUCACAGCACAUUACGGUGCCACCAAAUCUCACGAAGCAAGAUCUUGUAGCAGAACUCGAGAGAUUUAUCUCCAGUCGGGGCGGUCGAUACGCUUUACGCAAAUAUGCUGCCGAGAGUAUUUGUGCCGAGGUAGGAGCAGUAGUGGUAAGGCUACCGCCUUUCCACUACUUCUUCAACCCCAUUGAAAUGUGUUGGGGUCGAAUGAAGGACUAUCUCACCAAGAGAUAUUACUACAAAGGAGAGUUGAUAGUGGAUUUGCAGGGUGGUUAUGCUGACAAAGCAUCCGGCAGAAAGUGGACACCCGACACGAGAACAGUUGUAUUCAGUGCUAGUAAAGCAGUCGGUGCCCUAUGCGUAGCUAUGCUAGUCGAUCGUGGAUAUCUAGCUUAUGAAGACAAAAUGGUCCAAUACUGGCCAGAAUUUGGUCAGAACGGCAAGGAAAAUGUGACCAUCGACUGGUUAAUGAGCCAUAGGGCAGGUCUAGCCGCAUUGGAUGAGCCAAUCACCCGAGAAGACGCAAAAGAUCCUAAUAAAAUGGCAUACAUCCUUGCAAAACAGAAGCCAAACUGGGAGCCAGGCACCAAAAGCGGAUACCAUGCCAUCACCUAUGGCUGGAUUGUAGACCAAAUUGUACGCAGAGCAGAUCCACAGGGUAGAUCUGUAGGACAGUUCUUCAAAGAAGAAGUGGCGGAUAAGUACGGUAUCGAUUUCCAUAUUGGUCUCCCAAAAUCCGAAGAACAUACUGUAUCCCGUUUAUCAAUGCCAUCUACAGCACAUCUGUUGAAGGAGAUCAUUCACGACCCUAGAGUUCUUAUUGUUCUUGGCAUUUUCCAUCUCAGAAUGCCUAACUCUAUCGCUAGGAAAGUUCGCGAUAACCCACAGUGGUUCCGAUUAGAACAGGAUGUGAAUACUUUCAAUGAUCCCGAGCUACAUAGCAUGGAACAGGUAGCAGCACUAGGUAUCACAAAAGCACGUGAUCUCGCUCGGCUGUUUUCACUAAUGCUUGAAGGAAAAUUCUUUAGCAAGAAGCUUCUGCAACGCUUCAAAGAUCCUGAGAUCAACUCUGGUCUCGAUGAAAUUGUUAUGACACCACUACCAAAAGGACAUGGAUUCCUUUACGAACGUCACCCAACACCUGGGAAACAAUGGUUGGUAGGACAUCCUGGCUAUGGUGGAAGCACAGUAAUGAUGGAUCUCGAAGACGACGUAGUCAUUGCCUAUGUAACAAAUGGACUAAAGACCGGAAUGGGUGAACUUACGCGGACGUACAGAUAUUUGCGAAAUGCCGUUUUUGAAUGUCUAGAAAAAACAAAGGUGGCGAAAGAAGAGAAUCUCUGCUAA